GGCGGGACCGCGCCCGCACUGAGAGGACGGCUGUGAUUGGACAGGGCGGAGGAAGGCGGGCCGGGAUUGGCGGGUGGGGCCGCGCCCGUGGGAGCGGGAGGCGCCCGGCGCUGCGGAGCCGGGGCUGCUGGAAGGGCGCGGGGGCCGCUCCGAGCCCCCGUCCCCUCCUCCGGCCCUCUCUCCUGCCCGGCUCCCGGCUGAAAGGUCCCGCUGAGCCCCUACCGGACCGCCCCAUCAGGGACGGGGCCUAGCGGGCAGCGGCCGGGGAGUGGUUCCGGGUCGCAAAGGCGGACUCUGCCGUAGCGGCGCGGACCGGGGAGCGGCGGCGACAUGCGGUUCCGCUUCUGCGGGGACUUGGACUGCCCCGACUGGGUGCUGGCCGAGAUCAGCACCCUGGCCAAAAUAUCCUCGGUGAAGCUGAAGCUGAUCUGCGCCCAGGUGCUGCGGGACCUGCUGGGGGAGGCCAUCGAGUACGACAAGAUCCUGAAGCUGACCUCAGAUGCAAAGUUAGAGUCAGGGGAUGUGAAGGCGACCAUUGCUGUCCUCGGCUUCAUCCUCUCCAGUGCAGCCAAGCACAACGUAGACAGCGAGUCUCUGUCGAGCGAGCUGCAGCAGCUGGGACUGCCCAAAGAGCAUGCCAGCGGGUUGUGCCGUUCCUAUGAGGAGAAGCAGAGCCCCCUCCAGGACAGGCUCAGGGCCUGCAGCCUGCGAUUGAGCCAGCUGGGCUCAGUGCGCUGGCGGGUGGAUUACACCCUCAGCUCCAGCGAGCUGCAGGAGGUCAACGAGCCCGUGGUGCACCUGACCUUCAACGUGCGGGACAGAGAGUGUGAGAAGAUGACGGCUGUCCCCGUGACGCUCUCGGCCAACAAGUUCUGGGUGCUGCUGGCAGAGCUGAAGCAGGCCCAGACCCUGAUGAACACCCUUCUCUGAGGAGCCAGAAAAGGGCCACGGCGGGAGGCUGCGACACUGACUUGGGGGUCCAGAUUGGUGCUCCUGGCUGGGGAGGAGGACGUUUCCCUUCCCUCCGGGUUUCCGGGGCAGCUCCAAUAAACUCCGGGUGACAAAGCUGA